ACAUUAAUUAGACUUAUGAGCGAGUGUACUUUCUCCUACUAUACAGAAGAUGGCGCUGUGGUGCGAUGCGCUCGCCUACUCUUUGUCACUUCCGCCUACAUCAUUUCCGGCGACGAUUUGCUCUCUGUUGUCAUGGAGAGAGCACCUUAUCCGUAUGGUUUUCAGCAGCGGCCUCGAUUCGGCGGCCAGAAAACAGGGAAUCAAUACCAAGCGGGUGGUUAUAACGCAGGUUAUCAGAGUGGCCAGCAAGUACCGCCGAGCCGUGAAGGAAUUCCUCCGGAGACACGGCAUGGAGCGCCUCGGUUUAACUUCCCGGUUCCUGGCUCUUACAGGCCUCUGCAUAACGAAGGGCCCCCAGGUUUUACUCCUCGAGACGGUGGCCCAGAAUUUCGGAUGUCUCCUCAGGUCUGUCAGUAUAGAGGGACCCGGAAUGCAGAAUCCAAUGUUGUUGCGCCUCAGCAUAGCGGGGCAACUGGUGGACCUUGGGUGGGCAGACCCCCAGGUGAAAUGGCUCAACAUGGCGGACCCCAUGGUGUGAUACCUGACUAUACUGCUCCCUCAAGUAAUGUUUCUCAUCACAGUGUACCACCAGCUGUAAUGCCGCACCAUGGAGGGCCUCAGAGUGGUAUUACAGAGCACAGGGGUCACCCAGGUGGUAUUCCCCAGCCAGGAGGUGUGCGAGUUUCCAUGCCACAGCACAGAGGAUCUACGGACUGUUUGCCCCAAUAUGGAGAACCCCGGCAUUACUUUCCCCAGCAUGGUGAACCCCAGGCCAAUUGGGGAGCUCCUCAUACUGGAAUGCACCAUCAGGGAGGGCCCUUGGUAGCCAACUCUCCACAUUUCAAACAUAUGGCUGGCAUGUCUCAUGGCGAAGGCCUUCUGGCUGCCAAUUCUGAGCACGGGAGGCCUCAUACUGCCAUGCCUCUGCAUGAAGACAACAGGCCAGAAACGGUGUUGCAUCGCUUUCAGCCGGCUUCUUUUGACUUUAGUGCACUGCCAUACAUGAACGAUGCAGGCUCUGUAAAUGACAACCACAUUCAGCAUCCUUUACCCAGAAAUGUUUUAAAUCAGUCUUCUCAUACCAGUGAGAAUUCAGAAACGGAAAAUCUGUUGGGUGAAGGUAUGCCUGUUAAGCAUAAUAUAUCUGAACUGACGAGGGAACAUCGGCAUGUGCAGCAAGCCAUGAAUUUUGCACCACAAAUGGACCCAAUUUUCUCAGAGAAUUCAAAGCAGCAGUUGUCACAGCAUGAUCACUUUAGUGGGCAGGUUGAUGAAUUUAUACAAGGCCGUUCCAGUAUUCAAAAGAGAGAAGACUACUUACAUCAGGGCAGAAGUGCUGUUCAAGGUGAAGGCCCAGCUAGGUUUCAGGAGCUGCAUGGUGAUGCUAUGUUCCAAUUUGGGGACAAUGGACCUUCUGACAAAGAAAUAUACCAGCAAUGGCUUUCCUCUUUUCUGUCCCACAGUAGGAGGAAGCUGCCUUCCAAAAAUGAACCUGUUCGACACACAUCUGUAGCAGGUGCUCGAGAGUUGGUUUAUAGUACCUUGCAUCUAGUUAGCCAGCUAAGUGCUGUGUGUAAGACUCUUGAGAACUGCGAUGAGUCUACGGAGUCUUGGACUGAGCAUUAUUCGAAAGCAGUUGAGAUACGCAAGCAGUUAGAGAACAAAAUGAAGACAAUAGAGGAGCCAAAUUUUAUUGUAGAUGUAAAGAGGAAACUCCAAAGUAUUAGAAAAAAAAGACUUCGUAAAAAGCAUGCACAGCAAGAUACAGAAGAGGGGAAGGAGGAGGCUGAACGUAUGGCAGAAAAGGAGGCUAGGAUUGAUAGUUGGAGAAUGCAGCGCAUCCAUGAAGUAGAGGAAAAGAAAAGGGAAAGGGAGCUGAAGGCUGCGGCUGAUGGAGUACUUGCAGAAGUGAGAAAGAAACAAAGUGAUGCCAAGAAGAUGCUGGAAGUUCUGAGAUCCCUGGAGAAACUGAGAAAGCUGAGGAAGGAAGCUGCUGCACGGAAAGGUGUCUUUCCACCGCCUUCUGCUGAUGAAACGUUUGAGAAGCAUAUCCAAAGGCUCAGAACAUUAGUGCGCAAACGCACAACUUUGUACGAUGUUGAAGAGCGAGCACUAAAAGUUAUUGUAGAGGGUGAGCAGGCUGAAGAAAGAAAGAGGGACAAGGAAAAGAGACAGAAAAAGGAAAGGGAGAAGUUCCUCCAAAAGCAACGAGAAUUCGACUCUGUAUUGUUUGGAGAUGAAGAGCCAUUACCACCACUUCACCCUCUUCAACCUUUCCGCCAGUAUUAUCUGCAAGCAGAGCACUCUGUGGUUUCACUUGUACAGAUACGGCAUGAAUGGGAUCAGUUCCUAGUGAAAGCAGAUCACCCAGAUGCUGGCAGCAUCCCUCGAGGUUGGGUACUUCCAGGACCCCCAGCCAAUGACACCUGGGCCACAGCUAUGCAACAGAUCGAAUGAGAAUGUGUAGUUGUGUGCCAUAACAGCUUUCAUUCAUGUACUGGAGAAACAUUUGUCAAGGACUAUAAUGUAUUGUAAUUCCCCUGCCAAACAGAAUAACAUUUAUGUUUUGUAUUCUUUUUUAAUAAAUCAUGAAA